CCUUUACCCUCACUGGUGGUCCUCUUCCAUUAAUGCAUUGCUACCCCCCAUUCUUAUCCUGCACCCCUAUGUUAUUCUCUUCCCCUCUCCUUAUCCUGCGCAUCCCCUUCUCUUCCUUUCUCCACUCUCUGAGCAGCUGCAAUCCCAUCAUUGAACACCGAAUCACAGACGUCACAAGUAGAUACAUACAUAAACGCACACACUCACACACACAUAGAUGUCAGGUACAGGUGGGGUGGGGGAGGGGGUGGGGUGGAGCAGAGAAGAAGAAAAAGCAUUCGAAAAUGCAAUUGCCAUGCACUGGAGUGAUGACUGCACAGAGCAAAACUGGAGCAAGAUAGGGUGCAUGGUUCCGAGUAAAAGCAUUCAAGAACUGAAGCACCAUUUCGAAAUUCUUGUUGAAGAUGUGGCUGCCAUUGAAGCUGGAGAUGUCCCAUUGCCCAACUAUAGUGCUGCAGGAGCUGGAGAUGAGCGUGCCUCCAGCUCUUUGAUUUCCACUAAUAACCAUUACCAUGAAAAAGAUAGACCCUACAUGACUACUAACCCUAAUUUCUCAGGCGUGGGGACUAGUGACUCCGUCUCCGGACGUCAGGCAAGCAGGCGUCGGAAAGGACUUCCGUGGACGGAAGAGGAGCACAGGUUAUUUUUGCUUGGUUUAGACAAGUUUGGGAAAGGGGAUUGGAGAAGUAUCUCAAGAAACUUUGUUAUCUCUAGGACCCCAACACAAGUGGCAAGCCAUGCCCAAAAGUAUUUCAUUCGUUUAAACUCCAUGAAUAGAGACAGAAGAAGAUCUAGCAUUCAUGACAUUACUAGCGUCAAUGGAGAUGCAUCCGCGGCACAUUUACAGCCAAUAACUGGGCAACAGGUGCAUCCAUCGCCAUCUACUCCUACAAUGAAGCAUCAAAGACUAGACAUGCAUGGAAUAGGCAUAUAUGGUGGUGCACCCAUGGGGCAUCCAAUUGCUAUUCCCCCGGGCCGUCACAUUGCAUCUGCUGUUGGUACUCCUGUAAUGAUUCCUCCUGGACAUCAUCAUAAUCAUCAUCCUCCAUAUAUUCUUCCAGUUGCCUGUCCAAUGCCGCCGCCACCCCCACCGCCACCAUCCAUGCACCAAUAAUAAGAAAAAUUCAAAUUUCAAAAGUCCAACUUUUAGAGCCUAAUCUUAUGUCAUAACUGCCUAUGAAACCAAAGGUUGAUCAACUGCUAACAUUAAAGUUGGAGUAUGUAUAUAUAUUCAACAUCUCUUAGUCAUUCUUUUUAUAUGUAGAUAACAGUUCC